AUGAAUGCAGUGCAAGAGAUGAUGCAGGAAAUGAUGAAGGGAUUCAUGGGAGAGGAAGCUGAAGGAGGUAGGCCUACUGGGUCUUGUGACGGGUCAGGAGUGGUAAAGAAAGUGAAAGAGCGAGUGGAUGAGAAAGAAGAAGAAGAAGUAGAAGAAGAAGAAGAGGUUGUUGACGAAUGGCAAGAGAAGCAGAGGAGAGGGAGCAGAGCAGGAGAGGAAGAAGGGAAGGAGGUGGAAAUGAAAAAGAAGAAAAAUAAGGAGGAGGAGGUGAAAAUGAAAAAGAAGAAGAAGAAGAAGAAAAAGUUGUCGAUGAACGGCAUAAGAGAAGCAGAGGACAAGGAGCAGGAGAAGAGGAAGAGAGAAAAAGAAGAGAAAGGGGUGGAGAUGAAAAAAAUCAGAAGAAGAAGAAGAAGAAGGCGAGGAUGUUGUUGA